UCUUCCCCUCUUCCUAGAGGCUAGUGGUCUAACUAUGACAAAUUCCUCGGACGAGAUCCAUCAAAUCAAAUCUCUAAUAACGUCAAAUGACAUAUCGAUCAAGUCCUUGGGCUACUCAACGCUCCUGCAUUUCCAACAACACACUGCUCACAAUCCUUCUUCUAUCCAAUCCUUAGCAGAAUGUUCCCGGACUCUAAUCUGUUCGAUGGUUUCCGAUAUCCACGACGACGACGAAGAAAUAGCUGCGCAGGCGCUGAAGGGUUUGGGCUUCAUGAUUUAUCAUCCCGUUACUGUGGCCACGCUUCGAGUGGAAGAUGCCAGUCUGGUUUUAGAGUCAUUGGUCAAACUCAUUACCACCACAAAAUUGAAGUCGGCUUGUAAUCUAGGGGUAUGGUGCAUUUCUGUCCAGCAAAUAGAUGCAUCAAUUAUUGCAACUCACUUUCAUUUUCUGUUAUUGGCAAUCGUUCACGCCUUUGACAAUCCUAUGGGUUCUUUAUCAACAAUGUUUGAAGCUAGCCAGGCUGUAAUAAAGCUAGCUGCUCAGUUAAGGGACGAAAUGAGAAGCUCAUCACAUAUAUGGGUUCCUCCAAUAUAUAGGAGGCUUCUCAGCACAGAGAAAAGGGAGAGGGAUGCUUCAGAAAGGUGCCUAUUGAAGAUCAGGUCCAUAAUCAUUCCUCCAUCACUGGACCUCUCCAAGGCUAUUGUCAAAGAUUUGAAGAAAAAAUUGCUCACUGGAAUGAAGGAUUUGCUCGACCAGGGUAUGAAGAUUCAAGUUAUUCGAGCAUGGGGAUGGUUUGUCCGCAUGCUAGGGUCUCAUGCUUUGAAGAAUAGGCAUUUGGUAAAUGAGAUGCUGAAAAUUCCUGAGAGUACAUUUACAGAUCUUGACUAUCAAGUUCAAAUAGCAACUCAGGUUGCCUGGGAAGGUCUAAUUGACGCUCUCAUUGACUGUCCAGAGAUGGCUUCUCAGAAAAAUACACCAUCUGAGGAGAAUUCUCUUCAGAAACAGCAUAGAAUAGGACAUCAUAUCAGUGACAUUGAAGCAAAUAGAUUUUCAAAAAGUAUAAAGUUGAUAAUGACUCCAUUGAUCGGCAUUAUGUCUAGCAAAUGUGAUAUAUCCGUCCAGUUGUCUUGCUUGAAUACAUGGUGUUAUUUUCUAUAUAAGCUUGAUACCUUUAUCAAUGAACCAUUGGUGAUAAAAAUGGUUUUUGGGCCCAUUCUUGAUGCGAUUUUUCGGAAAGCACUGGAUGGCAAGAGCAUCUGGUUAUGGAAUGUGGGCCUUGACCUGGUCUGUGAUAGUAUUUUACAGAAGUGUGGGGAUGGUUUCUACCAGUCAACUAAUCUGGCAAGACCCAGACUAUCAGAAGUUGGACCUUCUUUAUCUGGAAAAUAUUCUUGGAAGCAACAUCCCAUCAAAUGGCUGCCAUGGGAUAUCAGCCAGUUGGACUUUUACCUAAAAAUGAUAUCUGUUGUCAUCCAUCAAGCAUCUGGAACAACUGUCACCUGUGAGCAUAGAAGUUCUGUUUAUGAUGCUGCUUUGAAGUUAUUUAUAUAUGUUCUGAAAGGAGUUAAAUUAGAAUUGACAAAUCCAUCUUUUAAUUAUGACGGUAUAAUGUGGUGCUUGAACUCAUUACUGACAUUCAUGAAGAAGACAUGCGAGGAUUUGUUCUCAGACAGCAGUGAAAAUAGUGAUCUAUUUUACAUUUCCAUUCAGUUUGUAGAUGCUAUCACCAAGGAGUUAGGUCCUUCUAUCUUAGCGUCUCCUCUAUACAAGUUCACUUUGGACCUGAAGUCCAUUGGCAACUUGCAGCCAGUAGAUCAUGUCAAACACCUAAAUUUUCGAAGUGUGAUUUUCCUUUCUUAUAAGGACAAGGUUUCUCCAUUGGUUUAUUUAAUAGCACUUUACUUCCAUGUGGUGGGCCAGUUAACUUCGAAUUUCCCCCAGUCAGACUAUAAUUCUCAAGGGAUGUGUGAAUAUUUCAAGUUUUUAUUUUCUUCAAGUGAUCCCCUGGACAUUCUCCUUGCUUGUGUUGACUUGUUGUACAAACACGUUCGACCAAUUUAUUUGAACAUAUGGGUAGCAGUAGCUCAGGGUCUAAAACAUUCCGUGCAUGAUGCCAAGUUAAUACAGGAAGCAAUGUCGGACAACGCCUGCUAUUCUUCCAUGUGCCAUCUUUUACUCUACCCACUGGUGGUACACUCAAAUAUUCCAAACUUGGAGAAACAUCCUAUAUUAUCAGAAAGAAUGCCCAUGUUCGAACUCAUUAUCCAAACUUGGAAAUCGCUUUAUGGACUUUUUUGUGCUUCGGAAUUUAGAUGUUCAGCAUCGACCAAUUUCAAUGAGGAUAUUUUUUCAUCGUUAACUGGAUUCCUUGAUGAAAAUGCUGGCUUACUUGAGAGCAGUACUGAGAUUAAUUCAACAGGCAAGAAUACAGGUCUUGGCUUCGUUUAUUUAUUGGGAAAUUUUAUGAUAUGCAUUCUAGAACAUAUCCAGGCUACAGAACUAAUUUCGGUGACAAUCAGGAGUCAAAAUGGCAUUUGUAGAAAAAUCUCCGGCAGCAUUGAAAACUGCUUAAAAUUUUCCGUUGGGUAUGUGAACUUCUUGGGGAAGAAGAAGAUAGUAGACCCACUGCCUGGCUUUGUCAGCACCUCAAGGUCUGUCAAUAUAGCGUUUGACUUGUUUCCUUCAGUGCAUGCUUUGGUUGCUUUUAGAGUAACUCUUCACUUUGGCAUAAAUCGUAGGGUCUAUUCUGCACUGGCAUGCUUUGUUGGUUGCCUCCACCUGAAGCAAGAUAUUAUAACUUUCCUUGAGAUUAUGUCCGCCCCGCUACUUGAAUGGCUGUCAAAUAUGGGAAUGCGGGAUGAAAGCGCUGAUGAUCAUCUCCAAUUCAUGUGGACCGAGAUUCUCGGUUGCCUAAGAAGAAGUCAACCGCCAUUAAACUUUGGUUCAGCUUUUCUGCAACUUUAUGAACCCCUUUUUGUUAAAACUCUUGAUCAUCCACAUACCUCCAUUUCAGAGCCAACCAUCGGCUUCUGGAAUUCCACGUUUGGCCUGCAAUUCAUAUCAGAUUUUCCACCCAAAUUGCUUCCCAUCUUAGACAAGCUAUCAAGAAACCGUGAAUUAAAACUCCAGAAGAGAUUCCUCCCAUUUCUUCAAAAAUGCCUCUCUCAUGAACAACCCAAUCAUGCUCUUGAUGAAGGAUACAAGGUGACUCCAAAGCAUAUCAGCACGUCUAAGAGAGUGGAAUUAGAGCUUGAUUAUAGGAACCACCUGGAGAAGAAAGAGGCAUCAGCACCCACAUUGCCGUUGAAUUUGAAAAGAAAGAGGUUAGAACUGACUGAGCAUCAAAAGGAAGUGAAGCGAGCACAGCAAGGGAGGGAAAGGGAUGGUGGAGGACAUGGCCCAGGAAUUCGAACUUACACUAAUAUUGACUUUUCACAAGGGCUUGAAGAUUCUCAAGAAAGCCAAGAGGUAAGGGAUUCUGAAGCCAUAUUGCACAUGUUGAGAAAAGCUAUAUAAACGUUUUUUUUUUUUAUUUUGUGGGGUUGGGUUGACACUUGUACAUACAGAAUUCUCAGAAAUGUGAUUUCUAAUUUUCUAUUUGUGGAUGCUUUUCCUUUCCUUUUGUGGACUGAUACCAAAUGGAAAACCCCUUUUUACUGGUUUGGAUCGACGAAAAAGGUCGG